AUGGCCUCCUCCAGGCGACCCGCGUCCUCUGCUGCACCCCAGCGCGCGGACGGCGCGUCCGACCGGCGCCCUGACGCCUUGCAAAGGCGCGUGCAAAAUGUCAAGACGGUAUGCACAACUGUCGGGCGCCAUAUGAAGCACCACUUCGGCGUCGGGAUUGUAUGUGCUGUCGCGUACUUCGACCCAGGCAAUUGGAGCACGGAUCUUUUGGCCGGCUCCCAGUUUGGCUACAAACUACUCUUCGUGGUCCUCCUCGCGGGCCUGGGUGCAGUUGUGCUACAGAUUCUUUCAUGCAAACUUGGUUGUGUGACGGGCCUAGAUCUCGCUAGCCACUGCCGUCUGCUCAUGCAUGACCAUCCCCGCUAUCCUAGACUGGUCCGAUAUGUAUUCCUGUACCCACUCUACGUCCUAUCGGAACUCGCCAUAGUUAGCACAGACAUUGCCGAACUUCUAGGCUCUGCGAUUGGGUUGGUGCUAUUGAUACCAAGUCUGCCCCUUCCAGUCGCCGUUCUCCUCACGGCGACCGAUGUUAUCUUUAUCCUUGCUGUCGGAGAUCCGACAAAGGGGCGUCGCAAACCCGUUCGCAUCUUCGAAAUGAUUAUAAUUGUGCUCGUCUUGAUUGUCUUUUGUUGCUUCAUAGUCCUUCUAGUACGGGUCCGCCCUCACUGGCCUGAUGUAUUCGCCGGAUAUCUACCUUCAAAGGGCCUGGCAGAACCAUCUGCACUCUAUGCUGCUGUUGGAAUUAUUGGCGCAACGGUCAUGCCACAUGCACUGUAUCUGGGUUCCCAUCUCGCAACGCACGACCGUGUUAACUCUCGGCCAGAAAGUAGAUCCGGUCUUCCACCACCUUCAAUACAGUUGCCCUUGACUAGAGGUGCUAUUUUCAAGAAGGCGAUAAAGAGCCUCUUCGCCGUGAGGCCCGUUAGACGACACGGCGGAGACGACCAACUUGAUACAUGGACACCUUACGGAGAACGAAAGAAUAACACCCUCGCAUUCGUGAAGGCUCACUACACGCAUGGUAUCUGGGACCUUGUUGUAAAUUUACUCGGCUUUGCAGUGCUUAUCAACUCUGCAAUAUUGAUCUUGUCCAGCGCUGUAUUUUUCUUUGGUCCUGGGAAAACAGCGAACGGGGCGCCGGCAGGACUAUUUGAUGCAUUCGAUCUCAUUCGAGAUAUAGUCGGAAGGCCGGCCGCGGUCGUAUUCGCAAUUGCGCUAAUAAGUUCAGGACAAAGUGCAAGUAUCACUGCGACUCUGGCGGGUCAAAUAGUCUCCGAAGGUUUCAUCCAAUGGAGUAUUUCCCCAUUCCUCCGUCGUCUCGUUACGCGUCUUCUCGGGCUCAUUCCGUCUAUGCUCGUAGCCAUUAUCGUCGGCCGCGCAGGCAUCGAUACGUUACUUGUCAUCUCGCAGGUCGUACUGAGUAUCGUCCUUCCAUUCGUAAUGUUCCCGCUGGUUUGGCUUACAUCGUCAUCUGUCGUCAUGCGGGUACAAAAACCACGAGAGAGUGUCCUUGUCACCCCUGAUUCAGAAGAAUCGGAAAAGAGCGAGGACGACGAAGAAAAGAAGGCCGAAUCUUCUAGUAAGAGGGAGUCGAUCACCGAGGAUUACCUUGAGGAAGAAGAGAUCGAGGUUCCAGAUGACGACGUCCCAGAUCCGGUCGAACUCGAUAUCCAAGAAACCGAAAUCGAGAUAGAAACAAAAGAAAAGAAAGCCAAGGACCGAGCAAGAACGGAAUCAAAGGACGCGUACGAUGAAACUGUAGCUGUGCCAUUAUCAGUGGGCGACACGACGAGCGAAUACGUCGAUUACAGCAAUGGAUGGCCAUUAACAAUCCUCUCCUAUGCCAUUUGGAUCGUAAUCCUCAUUGCAAAUGGCUACCUUAUAGUCACUCUUGCUAUCGAUUAGCGGGCUGCUUUGGACCCAUUGAAUUAUGAUUUGUAGACUCGUAUAAAAACCCUGUACAGUAUCCCUUCUCGCUUUCAUCUGCUGUUCGACCUUCUCGUUGCACUUCUGUUGCUAUUUUUCUGCAUUUGUUAUCUAAAUAUUUUUAACUCGGAGGUUUUAAUUUCUCAAUGGUGGAUUAACACAAUUUGUUUGGUGUAUUUUCAUUCGAUCUCGACCAUGAUUCACUGUACAUAGUACAUUGUUGUAUUCAACUAGAGUUGCUAUCAAUUU